AUUAAUUGAUAUUAAAUGUUUGCAUUACCUGUGUGUGUUCUGUGGCAGUUGAAAGGCUGGUACAGCAAAGAUGAUGUCGUUGCUGAGUGGAAGGAAGUGAAAGGGGAUACAUAUUUAGACGUCCAUUGUUAUGUGAGCGGGCCUAAUCUCUUACUAGACCCUGCUGCAGAGUUUAGAUACCACAUAUUCUCAAAGGAGUUGCCAUUGGUUCUUAAGGCUGUGAUGCAUGGAGAUUCUCUGCUUUUCACUGAGCAUCAAGAAUUAUUAGAUGCAUUUGUUCGAGUUUACUUCCAUUCCAGUUUGAAGAAAUACAACCGCGUGGAAUGUUGGGGCCCACUUAAGGAUGCUGCACAGGGAAGACGAGGAGAUCAAAUCAGCGGUUUGUUAAAUUUGGGUACAGAAGAUUCACAUCCUCCUAAAAUUUGGGGGAGUCCCAAGUCCAUCUUCCAGGCUCUCUUUGCUUUCCUUCUUUGAUUUGUGUAGCAAGGGCAAACUGGUAAGCUCCUUUUGAAGGGUUUGGAACUAUAAGAGCUUCCAUGGAAAACUGGGAGGGUAUUUGUGAUGACUUCAAAAUCCAACAUGUAGAGUUGUGUAGACAAAGAUUGUUUUCAGGGUCAUAUAUAUGAUUCUUUUGUACUUGACACAAUUCUUUCAAAUGGAAACCUCAAUUGAUCACAAUUCUUGGUAAACCAAGACUAUUUGUUCAUUCAUCAAUCAAUGGCUGAUCUUCAUGUUGCGUUCUUUUGAUUCA